AUGCUAACCUUGCGCAAUCAGAUCGAGUCGCCUCUACUCCGAUUGCCAGGCGAGCUGCGCAAUCGUAUCUGCGAGUUAGCUGUGGGCGGAAACAUCAUCGUCGUACGAAGCUGCUACAAGCGACCGGGAAAAAUCUCGGUCCAUCUCACCUCCGCUGAUACUCCUGGACCGGUUACAUCUGUUUCGGGCAUCUUUACCAUGGGUCUCGCAUGCCGUCAGCUACACCAAGAAAUAGCUCUCACCCAGUACACAAAGAAUAUCUUCCAUUUCGAUGGCGUGCAAGCAUUUCGAACUUUCGUGGAAGGUCUCACUACUGCACAGCGAGCGCUGCUCACGUCUGUAUCUAUCAACGUCGAGGAUUACUUGGGGCCAAAGUUGUACUGGGAUUUGUUUACAAAUGUGUGGAAGGGCCAUGAGGGCACCAAAAUAUUCCUGCCCGAGCUAGAGCGUGUCUACAUCAAUGCACCUGACCGACAACUCUCCCUUCUGGUGCAUGUGGAGGUUGUCCUUCACAUUCUUUGGGAAAAGCUGAAAAUCGGCACAGAACGCAAGGAAGGCAUCUCGCUCAUGGCCUUUGAUGUGUUUCGAGGAAUGGAGAACCGAGAUCAAGCAAAGACGAUCAAACUGAGUUGGGGCGGUGAGGCGUUCGUCUGA